CAUCACCGGGAGACUAUGAUUUUGCCAGAAGCAACAGAAACAAGAUGCCUUCACCCUUGGAAGAGAUUCUCGUCUAAGAACUGGGGAAGAUUUGAAAAGGGGCGCAUCUACACAUUCAUCGGAGAAGUCGUCGUUUCUGUGAAUCCUUACAAGUCGCUGAACAUCUAUGGGAGAGAGACCAUUGAGCAGUAUAAAGGACGUGAGCUGUAUGAGAGACCGCCUCAUCUUUUUGCUAUUGCCGAUGCUGCUUACAAGGCUAUGAAGAGGCGAUCGAAGGACACAUGUAUUGUGAUAUCAGGGGAAAGUGGAGCUGGUAAAACCGAAGCCAGUAAGUACAUUAUGCAGUACAUUGCGGCCAUCACCAACCCCAGUCAGAGAGCAGAGAUUGAAAGAGUGAAGAAUAUGUUGCUUAAAUCCAACUGUGUCCUGGAAGCUUUUGGCAAUGCCAAAACCAACCGUAAUGACAACUCCAGCAGGUUUGGAAAAUACAUGGAUAUCAACUUUGAUUUCAAGGGGGACCCUAUUGGUGGACAUAUCAAUAACUACUUAUUGGAGAAGUCUCGAGUGAUUAUGCAACAGCCAGGAGAAAGAAGCUUUCAUUCUUUCUAUCAGCUACUCCAAGGAGGUUCAGAACAGACACUUCGUUCUCUUCAUCUCCAGAAAUCCCUUUCAUCCUACAACUAUAUCCAUGUAGGAGCUCAAUUAAAGUCUUCUAUCAAUGAUGCUGCAGAAUUCAAAGUAGUAGCCGACGCCAUGAAAGUAAUUGGCUUCAAACCUGAGGAGAUUCAGACAGUAUAUAAAAUUUUGGCUACUAUUCUUCACUUGGGAAAUUUAAAAUUUGUAGUGGAUGGUGACACACCUCUUAUUGAAAAUGGCCAAGUUGUAUCCAUUAUAGCAGAAUUGCUCUCCACCAAGACGGACAUGGUUGAGAAAGCCCUUCUUUACCGGACCGUGGCUACAGGGCGCGACAUCAUCGACAAGCAGCACACAGAACAGGAAGCUAGCUACGGCAGGGACGCCUUCGCUAAGGCGAUAUAUGAGCGCCUUUUCUGUUGGAUCGUGACUUGCAUCAACAACAUCAUUGAGGUCAAGAACUUUGACACCACAAUCCAUGGGAAAAACACUGUUAUUGGUGUCUUGGAUAUCUAUGGCUUUGAAAUCUUUGACAACAACAGCUUUGAGCAAUUCUGCAUCAACUACUGCAAUGAGAAAUUGCAGCAGCUAUUUAUUCAGCUGGUUCUGAAGCAAGAACAAGAGGAAUACCAGCGGGAAGGGAUCCCAUGGAAGCACAUUGAUUACUUCAAUAAUCAGAUCAUCGUGGACCUUGUGGAGCAGCAGCACAAAGGGAUCAUUGCAAUCCUAGAUGACGCCUGCAUGAAUGUCGGCAAAGUCACUGACGAAAUGUUCCUUGAAGCACUUAACAGUAAAUUAGGCAAACAUGGUCAUUUUUCCAGCCGGAAGCUUUGUGCCUCAGACAAAAUUCUGGAGUUUGAUCGAGAUUUUCGAAUUCGACAUUACGCAGGUGAUGUAAUCUAUUCUGUCAUUGGUUUUAUUGACAAAAAUAAAGACACUUUAUUUCAAGAUUUCAAGCGCCUCAUGUAUAACAGUUCAAAUCCUGUGCUGAAGAAUAUGUGGCCCGAAGGCAAGCUGAGCAUUACUGAGGUGACCAAGCGGCCUCUGACUGCCGCCACCUUAUUUAAGAACUCUAUGAUUGCUUUAGUAGACAACCUUGCAUCAAAGGAACCAUAUUAUGUACGUUGCAUCAAACCCAAUGACAAGAAAUCCCCACAGAUAUUUGAUGAUGAACGCUGCCGGCAUCAAGUAGAGUAUCUUGGACUGUUGGAAAACGUUAGGGUACGACGGGCAGGAUUUGCCUUCCGCCAGACAUAUGAGAAGUUCCUUCACAGGUACAAGAUGAUCUCCGAAUUCACCUGGCCCAACCAUGACCUCUCAUCAGACAAAGAGGCUGUCAAGAAACUGAUUGAACAUUGUGGUUUUCAGGACGAUGUAGCUUAUGGGAAAACCAAAAUUUUCAUUAGAACACCCCGAACAUUGUUUACUUUGGAAGAACUUCGUGCUCAGAUGCUCGUAAGGAUCGUUCUCUUUCUACAAAAGGUGUGGCGAGGUGCCCUGGCCCGCAUGCGAUACAAGAAGGCCAAGGCCGCUCUGACAAUUAUCAGAUACUACCGGCGCCACAAAGUGAAGUCAUACAUCCGUGAGGUGACUAAACGCUUCCAUGGCGUCAAGACCAUGAGAGACUACGGGAAGCAUGUGAAGUGGCCAACACCUCCUAAAGUUCUUCGCCGUUUUGAGGAGGCCCUACAAGCAAUUUUUAAUAGAUGGAGAGCAUCUCAGCUCAUCAAGAGCAUUCCCGCUUCAGAUCUGCCCCAGGUCAGGGCAAAGGUUGCGGCCAUGGAAAUGUUGAAGGGUCACAGGGCUGACCUUGGGCUCCAAAGGGCCUGGGAGGGCAACUAUCUUGCUUCGAAGCCAGAGACACCUCAGACCUCAGGCACUUUUGUGCCCGUUGCCAAUGAACUGAAACGGAAGGACAAAUACAUGAACGUCCUCUUUUCCUGUCAUGUCCGUAAGGUCAAUCGGUUUAGUAAGGUGGAAGACCGAGCAAUUUUUGUCACCGAUCGUCACCUGUAUAAAAUGGAUCCCACUAAGCAGUACAAGGUGAUGAAGACUAUCCCUCUAUACAAUUUGACCGGUCUGAGUGUCUCCAAUGGAAAGGACCAACUCGUAGUGUUCCACACAAAAGACAACAAAGACCUCAUUGUCUGCCUCUUCAGCAAACAGCCAACCCACGAGAGUCGAAUUGGAGAACUUGUUGGAGUCCUGGUGAAUCAUUUCAAGAGUGAGAAGCGCCACCUUCAAGUCAACGUCACCAACCCUGUGCAGUGCAGCCUGCAUGGGAAGAAGUGCACCGUUUCCGUGGAGACGAAGCUCAACCAGCCUCAGCCCGACUUCACCAAGAACCGCUCGGGCUUCAUCCUCAGUGUGCCCGGGAACUGACGCUCACCUGAUGGCGGCCCCACCAGGGAGUGGGAACAGUGGAGCGCGGAGCAUCGCCACUCAGCAUCAUAGGUCCCUAUCUAAUUGCUGAUCCCUGCUACUGCCCUGUAGAAAUCAGCUCACGAGAGUCCUGCAUGGGGAGGAACCCCUCUCUGCCUUCUCUCAGGCCCCUCCCCUGAGGUCUUCCUGGCUUUCCGCCUUUGGUCUCCAUUUUCCUCUGUCCCAAUGUCCCUGCUCAACAAACCAAAGACCCCAGUGCCCUGCCCCAGAGCCCUGGGCUGACAUCCAAACCACAUCUCACCUCAGAGGCAAUGGGAUGGUGCCUUCAGUUGGUGAAGGCCUCCUUGGACUGGCCAGCUGCUGGCCUGUCGGUGGUGGGAGCCCAGGACAGUUCACCCAACCAAAGACAUGUUCCCCUAGAGGGCUUGGUGGAGAUGAGCUGGGGAUAUAGCCCUGCUCCCUCCACGAGCCCAUCCUGCCAACCCUCCUCCCCAGAGGUGAUCGUGGCCCCCGCAACCUGGCUCAGGAUACUUCUCAGAGUUCCUCAGUGGGGCCCCUCCCACCAGCAGCCAGCCAAAGCCACCAGGUGAGCAGGUUUACCUGUAGGGCCAGCCCCUCAGCCCAGGAGCCAGUGGCCUGCAGAACAGCCCUGCCCAGCUGGCACGCCUCCUGGCCACCUCUCCAGGAGAGAGCAGUGGGGGAUGAAUGCUCCAAGGAUCACCUUGUUUAACUAUGCAGGCUGAGCCCAUGCAUGCCUUACACUUAUUUUUGCAGUUUGCAGAAUUGCUAAUCAGGUAUCAUGUCUGAUGUGCCCACACUCAUGUCAGGAGCACUAAUAAGAAAAUGGAGUUACAGGGGCUAGGGGAGCACUCAGGCGUUUGGAAGUUUCCCCCUCUAACACCUCCAUUGCUUACUCAUCUGAAGAACUAGGACUGGGGUGGGAGGGUCAGAGCACAGGAAUUUUGGGAAACAGAGCGAUAGAAAGCAGAGCGUGGGGUCCUGACACUGCGGGCCAGGCCAGGAUGCCCACACCCGCCCCACAUAGACCCCUGCCGCACAGUCCCUGGCUGCUGGGCACUCGGACCUCAUGCCAGGAGAGCAGCACCGUCUCGUCAGUCUCUGCCCAGCAGAAAGCACACGGCUUCAUAUGCCUUCCUGAGACCACCCUCCUCUGGUGCCUCAGCUGAGGGGGAUGCCACAAACCUCUGGGCGGCCUGGGCCUCCCUGCCAGGAGCCUUGAAAGAAGAGACUCACGGGCACCCAGGGUGAUGAAGGGCCUGCGGGUGAGCCCACACCUCAGGAGGAGCCUGGCAGGGAGUAAAAGAGGGACAUGCUGAGAUUUUCUUUACUUUCUGCCACAGAUGCUGCCCCCGCUCCCUGCCUCCUCCCCACAUGGGCCCAUCCUGCCACCAUGACCCCACAAAACACACCAAGCACCUGAGUGUAGCCUCCUGUGCCUCACCCGGUGCCUGACAUGGUCACCUGGCUGACCGCCCCCAGGUGGGUCAGCAGCCUGAUCUCAUACGUACCUCCCACCCCUGCCCCCACGGCUUGCAGACAUUUGCACUAGUGCGCACUUUGCAGCAAAGAAUCCUAUUGGCGUCCCGUCCGUGGAAACCUGUUAUUCUCCAAGCCUGGCCAGCUGCCUGCACAGCACAGAGGCGCCACCAGCCCAGCUGAGCAACGCUUACAGUUUUGCCAAUCACCUUGACACUAGUUGAACCAUCUUAACUGGAACAUCGCCUCUCCAUUCCACUUAUUUCCCCAAACUUGUCGCUUACACUAGAUACAUGCAAAUGUAUGUUUUAGGUAUACCGAAGUGGAACAUGCCAAAUGAGUGCCUUUCAGAGGCUGGAGAGGAGGAAGGUUUUGAGUCCUUUCUCCUGCCUUUUGAUAUUACCUGUGGCCCCUCAGCCCAGCGCCAGGGCCUCCCAGCUGAGGACCAGAGAACCACCAGCUGUCAAAAGCACUUUUUCGUGAUGUCCUAAGAGAAGUCAGUAUGGCAACUGAGGGAGGAUCAGGAAUUUAGGGCGAGACCAUGGUAGUAAUGCUCCCAGGAUGCCAGGGGAGAGCAGGACACAGUGAUUGUAUGCAAUGAAGUGUUUCUCUCAAUUUGAUUAAAUGCAGUUUAUGGUUUGGUGCAUAUAUUCCUAUUUUCCAUUAAAUUAACUCUAUUUCUAAAGCAUAUUUUGAUUUACCAUCAAGAGCAAUAAAACAUUAAAUCUUA